AAUGGAGACGGAACCGAAAGCUUAUUCUUCUUAUCUCCCGUUGUCACCGAAUUUAAUCUGAUAUUUUGUCUUGGCUGCAAGGUCAAUAACUGCCAUGACCCGGUCAGUGUAACAGCCUCUAUGGAUGUACCUGAUCUACACAUCUCUUGGUCCCAUACUUACACCAGUGACGAUAUUGUUAAAGUCCCAGAAUUCAACGCGUCGGUACCUGGCGGUGUUUACGUUCAAGUCAAUCUCACUCCGUACGACGAUAGACUGGGUUUAAUGGUCAGUGAUACUCUAAUCUCGUUGUCGUUCUCACGGGUCUCUUUAACUGAGGGACACUGGGAGCGAGGUAAAGCAGAGCGCAACAUGGACUUGUUAAUCUUCCUUCAGGUAAGGCUGUGGGCUGGAGGAAAGAUCAACAGUAAAGUGAUAACGGGAACUUUGCCUAUAAAGACGGACGAAUGUGAUCCAAGUUGGUGGGACAAAGAGAGUACAGCCAUCAAAGUAACGGUGAUCGUAGUCUCACUCAUCGCUUGGAUCGGCCUUUGUUGUUGCUGUUGUUGUUGCUGUUGUUAUUGUUGUUGUGGGUUUCAAUUUAAAUUUUGUAAUAGCGUAGUGAGCAGGCAGACAUAUAAACAGGAACACAUCCAAUUUUCACCUGUGUUAAACUACAAGUUAAGGAUCAUGGCAACGACUCUUCUCUCCCUGUUGGUUUUUAGUCUUUUAUCGACAACACUAGGUUGGCAAGACGAAUGUCGUCUUGAACUGGCCCCCAGUCUUCCUCUUCCUAUCAAAUGUAACGCCACGUCUUAUUACUGUGAACAAAUCACGUGUUCAACUCCUUUCAGUAACGAGGAUAUCACACUGAAUGUGGAUUUUAACCCAUGGGAUGAUCCCAUGAGUGCUUACGUUACCCUAUCAGUUCCGAAGCUUAGAUUUGAUUGGUCGGCCAGCGUAAAGGAUGGAGAGCAAAUUGAGGUUCCCGGAUUUCCACUGGAUAUUGAAGGGUUACCAGUCGGAAAGGUUGAUGCUUCCAUUCGAGUUGCCAUGACGAAAGAUAAUGAUACCCUUAGCUUCGAGGUUAACCUGGUGGGCUGGACAGAUUUGACAAAGACACCUUACACAGUAACGCUUAUUAAAGGAAAAAUUCCCCACAUUGAGAAACCUGAAAUAAUAAUUUGCGAUUUUGGCUGGGGGCACAACUACAACAAGUUUAAGAAAUUGCCCGCACCGUACAAAGCGCUGAUAAUAACAAGUGCUGUCGUGUUCUUAGUUUUGGUUGCACUCACUGUUUCUUUUUGCUGCAAGAGGAAGCGAGUUACUACCACUGGCCAGGUGAAGGUCAUGCCUCCUUCCUAUGACGAGGCUACCUCUACCAAAACCAAAGUCCCGAUGCAACCGCUGAUCGACGAAAUUUAAGGCGCAAGUGUGUCCGUUUUUAAGUCAAAGAAAUGUCAUGUUCAUCGAUGUUCUUCAAACAAGGGACUCAUAGAUUUAGAGCAUAUACAGUUUUGGUUUUCUUUCUGACUGUUGCCAGUGAAAAUAAGGGUAUAGUGUGUAGUCUUGGUAUUACAUCUAUUAGUGAGUUGUAUUAUGAAAAAGGUGUAAUUUUUGAUUAAAAACUUUUGAUAAGAUCAUAGACUGAAGUACAUUUUUACAUUCUACUGUUGGAAAAUAUACAAAGUGUUGAAAACA